CGUGUCUUUCAAAUUUCGAGAAGGCCAUUGCAACUUCCUUUCUUAGCUGCUAUUUGUCAGAAGAAGGCAGAACUUCAGCAUGUCGAUGACAUUUGUGUCUGGACGACAGCGUUCAGAACCUACUCAACAAACAGUUCAAUCGCUUCUAGAUGAGAAUUCACAACUUAUUCAGGCUAUUGUUGAUUAUCAGAGUAAAGGGAAAGCAUAUGAGUGCACACAAUACCAGCAACUUUUGCAUCGUAAUCUGGUGUACUUGGCAACAUUAGCUGACUCCACUCAAAGCAUGCAGAACACAAUCCCAGCUCCUGGCUCACAGAGUAGUUCCAAUAGACCCCCAGCAUCUGCAACACCACCAUCUGGGGGUGGUAUGCACGGCCUUCCUGAUAUGACACCAAACUCUGGUACAUCCUCAGACAUGAUGCCAACUUCAGGAGGAUUGAAUGCUGGAAUGCCCUCAGGAAUGAAUGACCCAAUGAAAUCCAACAUGCCCCCACAACUGGGAGGAAUGAGUGGUCCUACCACUGCAGGAUAUGGUGCCAGUUCAGUUGGUGGGAUGGGACAGUCAACCUCAUCCCCUCCUCAACUUCAGCAUCCACCCAUGACAGCGCAGAGUCACAUGGGUUACCCGAAUCCCUCUCAAAGCCAACAGAGUCGACCGGUAGCUCCACCAACCAUGUCGGGACCAAUGGGAAAUUUACCUCCACAGGUUCCACCCAUUCAGUCUCAUGCUCCUCCAGCUAUAGGUCAACACAUGAUGUCACAGAAUCAACCACAGUCUCAACAAUACAUGAUGCAGCAGAGGCAGAUGCAGUUCAGACAAGGUGCACCGCAACAGAUGCCUCAGCAACAACAGUCGCUUUCACACAGUCACCCUGGAUAUGGGCCACCUAGCUCAGGAGGUUUGCCAUCAACUGGUAUGAUGCCAGGGUAUCCCUCACAGCAGCAAACACAAAGAUUCAAUCCUUACAGACAGCCUCCUCAGCAACAAGGCUUGUCACACAUGCCAUACCCAACCCAGCAACAGCCAGGACAGUCAGUUAUGGGUCAGCAACCACCAAUGGGUCAGACACCUGUGGGACAGUCACCCAUGCAACAGCCACCACUUGUAUAACAUGACUUGUCACAAGUCUGUAAUGUGACACAAUUUGUUACAAGAUCAUGUGGCUGAAAUAGUUACAAAUUUAUGUUGCAAACAUGGUUGUGGAAGUGUUACACCCAGUUUGAUAAGAUCUGGAUCAGAAGUACCACUGCCCUCAUGACAUAUGUUCUAGCUCUGCAAGUGUAUCCAGCCACAACACAUCAUCUGAAUGUCUACAUGAGGUUCUUUAGAAGACUCUCUCAGGGAGAUAUAUCCUAUGCUAGCAUCAAACUGACUCUAUUAAGAAGAUAAGGUCGUUUUAUUUAUCAGAAAUUACGUGGAAAUUAUAAAUCUUUCUUGUCAAAUGCUUUCUAUAACCUCUCCCCUUCACUUUCACCACCUGCCCUUGUAAUGUGGUUCAGAAAGUACCCUUGUUGAAACAAAUGCUUUGGUAUUUACAAGCCUGGGUUAAUAGGUCACAUUGUAUAUUUAAAACUUCCUGUAAAUAAUAUUUAGAUUUCAUGGUUUACUUCAAUACGGUAAGUUGUGUUUUGUUUGCACAAAGGCAAGGUAUACAAGAAUUAGCAGAAAUUUUUCUUUUAAGAAUUUGAGAUAUUUAAUCUUGUAGGAACAAAGGUUUGUCACCAGAGAUGCUGAAAUCUAUUUUGGGAAUAAUUUUUGCAAUUUUCUGUUUAAGCAGAAAAUGAAGAUGGUAAAAGCGAAAUUUUUCUAGAGUCCAACUUCAGGUUAACAGGAGGACUAAUAAGUAAUUAUUUGAAGUUGAGCUUGAUAUCACGAAUGAUUAAUGCCGAGGUUGGAGUUAUUGUGCUCAAACCAAAGGCUUGGGCAGAUAACACAGACACAAGGUUUGAUAAUUCAUGAUAUCAUGCAAAAACAGAAUUCAGUAAUUGUUUUAUUAUACAUUUUUAAACAAUUUGCAAAAGAAGACACCUCUCUCCAAGUUGGCAAAAGUUUGAGAACGCUACAGAUGAGGAGCUUGGAAAUUAGUCAGACUUUGAACUUGACAUGAUAUCUACAGAUAUUGGGUUAUUAUGUCAACUUCAUGUGCUGUUGUAUAUUGACUGUAUGCUCUCAACCAAUCAGAGUUUUCCCAGUAAGUCUAGUGUAUAAUAACUAAGAUCAUCAGUUGAGUAUUGUGUGGAAAAGGUUUGGUGACAGGAUCUGGACCGAACGAAAAAAUAAUGGUGUUGUCAUGGGCAACCAUCCUUGUUUCUAAUGGUAACCAAAUCUCAUAUUGUAUCCCAAGAGCCACACGUCAACAAUGACCCAAAAGAACUGACAUUGCCAGUGGAAACUGAGCCAUUCGCUAGUUACAAACAGAUUUAACAUCAAAUCAUGAUCACUAAACUUCUGUUGUCUCUCUCAAUUGAAAAUCAUAGUUGUAGUAAGAGUGGAAAUAAAGAAUACAAUUUGACAUUUGA